AUGCAAGACUAUAGCGAAAAGGUACAGGUAAUCCAUAAUGAAAAAUUCGGCAGACAUUUGGUGGCCCAACUGGAUAUUGAGGCCGGCGACACUUUGGUGGAGGAGCGACCAUUGCUAGUGGCUCCCCAUUGGGAGUGCGGGCAGAUGAAGUGUGCCAAAUGCUUGCAGGAAUCGUAUGUGAUGUGUAGGAGCUGUAAGAUGUUUCCUCUUUGCAUGGAUUGCCAAGGUCAUGAUGACUUUGAGUGUCAGUUCUUUGCCAGCGGUGGACCAGGAGGUUAUAUCUGCAAGGAUUUAUUGGUUAAAAACUACGGUGUCUGUGCCUUGAUGAAGUUUCUUCUGCUGCUGGAGGAUCCAAGUACACGCAAGGAUUGCGAACGUUUGCUAGAGACACCCAUCAAUUUGGAUGAUUAUCGAGAUGGUGAUGGCAUGUGGCAGGAGCACGAGGAGCUGGCAGUGCGUCCACUUAUGGCUAGCGGUCUUCUAAUGUCGCUCACCCAAGCCCAAUCAUUGACAGCCGAUGAUUUGCAUGCCUAUUGCAUACGUAUUGAUAGCUACUCCUUCGAGGUGACAGCCCGGGAUGGUGACACUCUGAAAGGUGUCUUUGUCUGUGGCAGUUUACCGCAUCAUUGUGUGCCCAAUACGGUGGUGGCUUUGGAUGAGGAAUUCAAUCUCAAGUUGUAUGCUGCGGUGGAUCUUAAGUCGGGAGAGGUUAUCUAUAAUUCUUAUACGAAUCCUUUGAUGGGCACCAGCCAGAGGCAGCAUCAAUUGCGUCUUACCCGGCGGCUGGAGUGUUCCUGCUCACGUUGCCUGGAUCCCACUGAAUGUGGCACCAAUAUGAGCAGUGUAAAGUGUCGGGAAUGCCCCGAUGGUUAUGCCCUCUGUGAGCUGAGUUCUGGUGGAGAUUGGCGCUGCUCGAAAUGUUCAGCCAUAUUGCCUGCAGCCGAUGUCCAUGAGCUACUGGCUGAAUUGGGUGGCGCUCUGGUGGAGGCUAAGGGUGAACUUCAGGCCUUUGAAUCACUGCUGGCCCAGUACAAGACGCUACUGCAUCCCAAUCACUUCCUGAUGCUUGAUAUCAAACAAAAUAUAGCCAGCAUUCUGCGGGCAACGGCUCUAAUGAACUGCAUGGAUCAGCCGAGUAAGAAACUCUUGGCGCGCCGUGUGGAAUUGUGCUCCGAACUGUUGCCCAUUUGUCGGGCUGUGGUGCCUGGCAUCUCCAAGUUGUACGCCAUUGCACUGUUCGAGUAUCUGUUGUCCCUCAUAGAGUUGGUGGAAUUGCAAUUUUCCGAAGGUGAAUUGAAUAAAAAGGAAUAUGCGACCCAUCUGAAAACUGGUCGCCUGGUGGCCAAGGAGGCAAUGGAUUUGCUACGAUUUGAACCGGAAAAUUCCUCUGAGGGUUAUCUAGUUGAGCGCUUGGCCAUGGAGCUGGAACGCAUCGAAUCUGAUAUAGCAAAAUAUGGCCGUUAAACUCAAAAUAUCUGCCUUACUAAUGCUUUCACUAGCGCAAACGUAUGCUAUAAAUAUUGAAAUGGAAUACCUUGCGAACUCAGAGACCCAUAGUAUGGUACACUUUAAAAUAUGUAUAGCAUACUUUUGGGCAGGUGGAUUCAA